GACAAACUCAGUUUAGUUCGAUUGAAAUUACUACAGAAUUCAGAAGUACUAAGGAGCAAACGUCCUCGACAGGGCCGCGGAGUAACUAGCAAGUAGACUACAGCAGACAGGGAUCUCAGAAUUAGCAGCACGAUGAAAUUCGCGGUAGCAACACCUUUGAUCGCAUUAUUCACGUUGGACAUUUUAGUAGAAACACUGGCCCGGGCAGCGCACGACGGCAAAUAUGACAAGAAAAAGUAUGGCAACGGAAACCACGGCAAAUACGUGCACACAAAUGGAGGUGACUAUGUAGAAGAUUUGGAUCGCUAUCGCUACGUUCACUACGACGAUGGCGAUCGAGGUCGCUACAUCCAUGUGCACAUUCCUUACGACGGCGGAUACGGAAACUACGAGGGUGGUCACGAACCCUUCCGUAAUCCGCCGUACGAUGCCUCUGGAUUGUAUGCGUACGUUCAGAAACCGAAAAACGAGUCCUGUUUACGGUUGCUAGAACAGUAUUCUAACACUUGCAGCGAUUCCAGCUUGAACAAUCCAUUCAAAUCCAACGAAUUCGAUAUUAGGCAACCUUCGAUCUACUUGGAAUACGGCACCCCUGAACCGGAAUAUGUAGAUGCUUCCUCGCGACAGGAGAAACUAACUUCAGCAUCUUCGGCCAGAGAAACAGAUCCACGAGCAUCCACCUUCCCAGGCACAUCCUAUCUUCCUGUUCCGAAACCUCACACUGAAUAUGGCCCUCCAGAACGAACGAGAUCAAACAACGUAGAGGAAUCAACCAAAUCUACAUCUACCAGAUCCUUCGAUGUUAAUUCGAUAUCUCUCACAACCGUUAGUGGUCAGGAGUCAAAAAUCAGACUUGUUACUGAGAGUCCUGCAACCACUCGAACCCAAGUCUCUGUGUCAAGGAAAUCGAUACCGGAAACAACAGAAACGAUCCCUCCAGCAACUUCAACAGUGACAACUCCUACGACAACUAGGACCUCCACCACUGCAACCACAACUCCAACAACCAAGGUGCCAACGACGUCUGCCCCAUCUACAGUUCAAAUUCCAGCAUCUAUCGAUGAACAGCUUCAUCAGUGUCGAUCAGAACUGCAGACAGCGCUGCUCAAGCUUAGCCAUAACGAGCGUUCCAAAUGCAACUAAUCAAACAGUUCAAAGAGAGGAUGUUAUCUUUGCUCGGGGACACACUCAUGCGGAAUCAGAAAUCCAAAUUCAAACCUCUUCGGUUGAAAGCAUCGCUGACUAAUCCGACGACUAUAGCUUUAAGAUAUUUAUUUUCACAUAGCGAAACAUCGUUGAGUAUUGUAAUAAAAACUGAAACACAAUAAAACCAUCAGGCGGGGCUCUCUUCAUCGAA